AUGGCUUACCGCUCCAACGAUUUUGAGGAGCGUUUUUACGACGAGGGACCCCGCCGACAGCGGGCCGAAAGCCGCGUUGCAUUCAGUGAAGUCGACGUCCGCGUGAAAGAGCGCGAGCGCGAGCGUGAAGGCGACCGUCUCCGGUUCUUGCGCGAUGAGCGUCCUCCCGAAGCGGGCGCUCUCGUCUUGAGCCGCCGAGAGGUUGAGUCGAGGGAGCUGUCACGGCCCCGCCAACGCUCCCCGAGCCCUGUGUACCGCGAACACCGCGAGCGGAUCGUCCGCAGAGCUCGCAGCUUGACACCUCCGCCCGUCCACGAGCAAGAGCUCGAGCGUUCGAGGGUGCGCAUUUCCGAGCAUGAGCGUGAGAUUCGCAGCCCAUCCCGUGGCCCUCCUCAGGAGAUCCGGGCUCGAUACGUUGAACGCCACAGGUCGCCCUCUCCGCCGCCCCCUGCCAGAGAGCGCAGCCGUGUGGGUGUGCGUAUCAUCGAGCGUGAGAGAGAAAGAGAGCGAGUACCAUCUCCUUCGCCCUCGCCGCCACCACCGCCUCCCCAGCCUCAGGUUAUUCGAGGCCCCACGAUUGAGCGAGAAGUUAUCACCCACUACAGAGACAUCGACCAUGGUGAGUACAAGCAGUACCAGCAGGAAUCAAGGUCCCGGCAAGGUCUAAUGUAUUCAGGUGUCACCCGCGUGCCCAGCCCGCCGCCUCCUCCUCGUCCCGCUCCUCGGCCCAAGACCCGCACUGAGGACCGGGAGCUGGAUAUCGACAUCACCACGUCCCGCAACAGAACCGACAUCGACAUCCACCGAUCACAAAGCCGCCAUCGGUCUCCCAGCAGGGAGCGUAGGUCUCCUGCUUUCCAGGACCACAGAGAGCUCGUAGUGAGCACCGACCGCCUCCGGAUUGACGAUCGGCAUUACCACAGCGGAUCGCGCCGCAGAGCCCAUUCCGCGGCUGCACGCACGCCAGUCGAUGAGGAGUCCGAAUACAUCACCUCCAAGAUUGACUCGCGCGGCAAGAUGGGCGAGGCCUGGAACGGCGCCACCAAGGACUGGGCUAUCAUCGACGUGCCGCCCGGAACUGAGCGUGUCCGUAUGGACGGUGUAGGCGGUGGCUCUGCCGAGGUCACCUGGCAGCGUUACAACGGUGUGAGACGAGCCAAGUUCAUCCCCGAGCGGGACGGCGCUCCAUUGUCUUCCCCGGCCCCGCUCCCCGAGCCCUCGCCGCGGGACUCGCGAGACCGUCUCAGCCUCCAGGUUUACGACCGUGAGACGGAAAUCGAGAUUGAAAAGACCAAGGACCGUGCUCCCGCGCGCCGUCAGCCCACCAAGCGCAACGAGAUGUGGACGGAAAUCACCAAGGACCUAGUCAUUCGCGAUGCCAUCGUUGAGCUUGGCUACGACUUUGAGGAGACUGAGUACUUCUUCUACAUCAUGCAAUACCUGAAAUAUGUUAGUCCGGACCCAACCCGAUAUGAAAUGACCAGCCAAGCUAACGCAGACCAGGACGAUGUACUCGAACUCGUUCAGGUGUCGGAUGAUAUUCGCCGCUUCCGCAAGGAUCGCGUCCGCGAGUACGAGAGAGAGUGGGUGCACGAUGACUGGGACCGCCGGUCUCACCACCACCACCACCGCCGUGGGCCAAGCAAGUACGACGAUGAACGAAUUUACGAGCGCGAGGUUGUAUAUGACAGCCAGCGGCCCCGCCGUUGGUAA